AACAUUUCACUCUCUCUCCUCCACGCGUUACCGACACUUAUCGGACACCACAAAUUCUCACUAUAAAAGCCCAAAAUAUCGUCACACACAUUUGUCACUCUCAGAUCCAAAUACUACAACAAACAAACAUACAAAACGAUGUCGUACUAUCCCAAAGGCCAUCACGGUGAGGACGAAGUCGACGAUUUCGACGAGUACGAUCCGACGCCGUACGGUGGCGGUUAUGAUAUUCAUUUGACUUACGGCCGCCCUUUGCCGCCGUCUGAAGAGACUUGCUACCGCGCGAAUUCUUCGGGUUCUGGUGGUGGGUUUGAUUACAAUCGCCCUCAGUAUUCUACUCAAGCUAAGCCUUCUGCUUAUGGGAGUGAUGCUGUUGAUGAUGAGUACAAGAGCUAUAACCGACCCACGACCCGACCCGGUUCUCGACCCGGUGCUUCUGGUGGUGGUGUUGAUGAGAGUGAGUAUGGUGGAGGUGGAUCUGGUGGGUAUGGGAGGAAGUCGGGUCAUGACAGCGAGUAUGGGUCGGGUGGUGGUGGCGGGUAUGGAUCUGGUGGUGGUGGGUAUGGGUCGGGUGGAGGCGGGCAUCAUGGGUCGGGUGGAGGUGGGUAUGGACAUCAUGAACAAGUCGGGUCGGGUUAUGGGAGGAAGAAUGAUGAUGACGAGUAUGGCUCUGGGUAUGGGAGGAAGAGUGGGCAUGAGCAGCAUGGUUCUGAAUACGGGUCGGGUUAUGGUGGGAGGUCCGAGAGGACUGAGUAUGGGGGCCAUGAAUCUCGUGUGAGUGAAGGGUAUGGAGGAUCCGGAUACGGGCGAUCCGAGGAAUCGGAGUAUAGGAAGCCUAGCUAUGAGAGGCGCGGUGGUGAUGAUGACAGUGAUGAUGAGAAAAAGAAGAGAUAUGGUCACAAGAAAUAUGGUGACAAUGACGACGACGACGAUGAUGAUGAUGAGAAAAAGAAAUACCGCCAGCACCACAACCGCAGGCACUAUGAUGAUUGAGCAGGACAAUCUGCCUGAUUCAUGUCAUAUCUAUCUUCUACAUAAAGGAGAGAUGUUUUAUUUUCAAGUUACUUCAGUCGUGUGAUUCGGCGCACCUCCUAUUGUGCAACAAGGCAGGUUGUGGCCAAAAUAAAGUUGUGUUAUGUACACUCUUUGUGUGUGGUUUUUAAUAAAUAAAUCCUGGACCUGUUUUUUUUUUU